AUGCUUCAGGUUCUCCAAAAUGGACCAGAUCUCAAGGCUCAACCGAAUCAGACGCGCAUCGGGAUCACCGAGACCCAGAAGGCACAACUGGCUCAGCGGAUUUCGUCGAAGACGUCGAAAGAGGAGAAUUGGUACAUGAUCUACGAGAUUCUAUUUCCAGGGUGUCGAAGGCCUGAGACACCAUACUUGGACGGCACACAGUUCGCAGAAGAACUGUUUGCUCUACGAGAGUCCGCGGUGCAGGUGGCCCCAAUUCGCAUCAAUCAGCUUACUUCAGCGCUCCAUCACGAAGGAAAACUCCCCCCUGUGCCGCCAGAGUAUCUUGAAGCCUUUGCCUUCGCGGCCGCAAAGGACGUCUUCGACACCGUUAUUGGCCAGCAUUUGCGCAGCAGUGUUGCAGCAAAGAACUCGCGGCAGACUAACCCCGUGCAUCCAUCAGAUUCAACUUCGCCCGCGCCAUCUAGCGUCACUUUGAAAAGAUCUCCUUCGGCAACCAAAGCAAAGCCAUUUGUUCUGGGAGAGACGAGCUUUAGGGUGGAAACUUCGAUAGAACGGAGUGUAGGAGAGGCUGGCCCUCUUGAUCACUUACUACCCUCUAUCGUGGAAGGUACGAAAGCAUGGACCGGCCUCGAGGAGCCUUCGCGUCUAGACUUGCUUUCUAUGGUGGCAGAUAUGGACUCGAGGUCGUGGGACGAGCAUUUGAAUACUUGCGUGGAUGGCGCUUUGCAGCAACCGCUAAAGUGA